AUGGCCACUGAGCUUGAUGGACCAGCAGUAGGUUGUGAUCUACGAUUAGUUUCUAGAAGACUUGAGAUAUUUCACAACCUAACAUGGGGCACAGUUUGCGAUGAUAAUUUUGACGAUGCUGAUGCUCACGUAGCUUGUACGCAACUUGGCUUCAACGAUGGAAUUUCCUUGGAUUCCAGAGUACCUGCUGGAAAUGGUACAAUUUGGCUUGAUGAAAUGGAAUGCGCUGGAAAUGAACGAAGACUGGCUCAUUGUUCAAGAAAUAAAUGGGGUGUGAACAACUGUGAGCAUUCAGAAGACGAACAAGCCCGUCAACCAGCUUGUACAGUAAUAUUAGCUUCUGGCUUGGAGGUCUUGUUUGCAGAUCUUAUAAUUCCAGUUUUGCGAGCAUGUUUGAGACGUAACCAUCAUCUUUGGAAUUGUAGUAUCCUGAAUGAAUCUAGCAUAUUGUUGUUGUAUUGUUUAAAAUUUGUUGAUGUUCAUAGUGAUUUACGACUAAAUGAUGGAGUUAUAUACAUGUUUUACAACGGAACACUGGGCACAGUUUGCGAUGACAACUUUGACGAUCUUGAUGCUCAAGUUGCUUGUAGACAACGUGGCUACAACACUGGAAAAUUUAUUGGCGCCAUAGGUAAUGGUACAGGAAAAAUAUGGCUUGAUAAUCUUGGAUGCUCUGGAAAUGAACUUAAAUUAGGUGACUGUUCAAGUUCAAGUGGGGAUAGUGUAAACUGCGAGCACAACGAUGACGUUGGCAUUGAAUGUUUUAACUCGAAUGAAGAUUCCCAAUAA